GCCAAGCUAACAAAUCUCUGAGCAGUCUGCCCAUUUAUUUGAUAUCAACCAUCUAUCAAACUCCUGAAAACGUGAUCCUGCCUGCAGAGGCACUGCAGUGUGUGCUGCAGCGAGAGAGAGCAACGAGAGAGAAAGAGAGGGACUGAGCGAGAGAGAGAGAGAGAGAGAGAGAGAGAAAGAGAGAGAGACUGAUGGGGGGUGGGCAGGCAAAACAAGCCACAUGCAUAAGGAGGCAGCCAGAGGCACAGAGACAGAGAGGGAGAGUGUGUGAGUGUGCAUGUAUGUGUGAAAACACUGCGCAUGUGUGACUGUGAGGCGCACUGACUGGAGCAGACGGAGGAGAAGAAAGAGGAGUAAUGAACCGCAGUUGAGACAGGAGGAAAGAUAACAGCAGAGGAGAGGGGGAGAGAGGAGAAGAGAGAGGUUUUGUUACCUGAAGGGUUAGGAGCAGACGACAAGGAAAAGGGAAGAGAAGGGGGGGGCGGACGUACGGCGCAAGAAGCUCAGGUCGCCUCACAGAAUAGGCUGAAUAAUCUGAGCAGCGGUGGUGGAGGGAUGGAGAAAGAGAGACCGGAGGGAGACACUCGGCCACUGCUCAGAGGUGUAGGAGCGGAGGUGGGAGAGUGAAGGACAGAAGCACCAGAGAGAAGAGGAGGAGAGGAGACAAGGGAUGCGGAGUUCGAUGAAAGCAGCCCGAGACAUGACGCAUCCACCUCGCAACAGCUUCCUCCAUCUUACAUCUCCUCCAUGUUCUCCCCGCCUCGCUGCUGCUGCUGCUGCCGCUCGUCCUUCGUCCUGCUAGAAUCGAAUGGACAGGAGAGAGCAUCAUCCUCCCUCUGGUUAGACAAACGUCUGAACAAAGAGACCGAGCGGCUCGAUUUUUCCCUUCACAGAGCAACAACAACUGGAACAGGAGCGACAAAGGACUGGAACAAGACAAGUGCGUAGGCAGACAGAUAGAUGGACCAAAGGAAUCGAGUCUGACACACUGAAAAAAGGAGACAAGCACAGAGGCAUCCUUCAGACUGUUAUCACAUCUACUGCUAAGCUGGGAGGAGCGUCUGAAAGUCCAAAAAACACCUUCACUCCCACCUCUAGAGGAGGAAUUCAAGAGGCUUGGAGCUUGAAGGAGACCUCCCCUAAGAAAGACCUCCUCCCUUUUUCUUACCAACGAGCCACCCAAAGGGUCACACAGGGUCAUCUGACCAGCUGGACCAAGAGCAGAUAGACAGACUGGAGCUUUUUCUAUGUUUCUCACACACUCGAGCACAACCGCAGCCAAAAACAGGAAGUUAAGCGGUUGUUUUAGCGAGAAACACAUGUAAGGGCUAGUUCGAGAAGGCAAGAGUUUCCUUGGCAGGCCACAGGAUAUAGUUCAAGACAAUAACUUCUUGGACCUUUAUGAACUGCCUGAACUCAACCUCCCAACACCCCUCUAAAACCACCAACCUGCACUGUAUGUAUAUAUGUUAGAGUCUGUGUGCAUAUGAGAUUAUUUAUGGUGAGAACAUAUCUUUGUGCUAAACUACUAUCUGUCCUUGUGUGUGUAAGUAUUCUGCAAACAGCCAUCAGAGACAGCACAGGAACAUCAGCAUAAUAAGUUAGUGAAAACAACAACAAAAAAAAAAACUACCUUUAAGUAGUCAACACUGGUCAGAUAGUGUAAGCUGGACUGUUAAAUAAUUCGAACAUAUCAGCAGUGACAGAAUAAGAGCUGCAGAUUGUGGUGCUCUGGCUGAGCUCUCCUAUCUGUCUUCCCCUCACAAAGACUCAGGCUGACAAUAGCAUCUACCACAAGGGGGGGAUCUCUUUGAGGGAAACAUGGAGGCAACCAUCCGUCCCCACGUUCCCUCAAAUGGCUGACUUCAGAGCAAGAGCCCAAUUAUUUUCCCCUUGCCCAGAACCAGGCAGGUGUGUCCAGCGCUGAUAAGAGCCACAGCCCCUAUCUCUUCCACCUCCAAAAACGUGCGAAUGUCCUGCCUCAGGCGUCAGCCGGUCACCAUCCCCAUGGACACGGUUAAGAUCAUCCAGUCGGAGAAGUUCCCCAGAGAGUGCCCUGUGCCCGUCACCCAGCCACGCUAUGCCCCACCGCCCAGAGUGGCGUGGGACGGUGGAGGCGAAGGCGAAAUCAUCGUCAACCAGGCCUGCAGCGAUAUCACCCUGGACAUGACAGGCUCCCCCCGGCCCAUGGUGUCCCCUGUGGCCCCCGUCUUGCGCAGGGAGCAGAGCUUCCUUGCGCAGCGCAAAACCAGUGCCAAUGAAAUCUGCUACCACCAGUUCCACUACAAGAUGGAGGACGUCAUCGUUAAUCAGUACGUGCUGCGCUCCUCCUCCACCUCCUCCUCGACUUCCUCCUCCUCCUCCUCGGGACCCGUCAUGCCCUGCGAGCCCCUGGACUGCCCCACCUGCGGUCACACCUACAACUUCGCCGGCAAGCGUCCGCGCAUCCUCUCCUGCCUGCACUCGGUGUGUGAGGAGUGCCUGCAGAUCCUCUACGAGUCCUGUCCCAAGUACAAGUUCAUCUCCUGCCCCACAUGCCGGCGCGAGACGGUGCUGUUCACUGACUAUGGCCUGGCUGCUCUGGCCAUCAACACCAGCAUCCUGAGCCGCUUGCCCUCUGACCCCAAUGGGCCCGUGCAGUGGGGCGGGGACGCCGACCGCAGCUGCUACCAGACUGUGCGCCAAUACUGCCAGUCAGCCUGCACCUGCCAGAUCGCCAACCCCUUGUCCUCCUGUGGCAUCAUGUAGACAAGGGGGAACACUGCAGGCAUGACUCAACGCUGCCCCCCCCCAAACCACCACCACCGCCGCCACCACUCUUUUCGUCUAUAAGCUAAACCCUCUCUGCCAACCCCCCCCCCCCCCCCCCACAGACAUACAGCAAAUAAAUCCCUCCACAGAUGUUAUCUCUAUAUAUUUAAUAGCACAGACGGAUGCUAUGUGGGACUAAAGGAUUCUGAUGGUUCGCGAAAUAGUAAAUAAAUGUAUUUUAUGUAUGGACUGGAAUCCUAUUCACCCUCUCUCGUUUGGUUGGAUGUGUUUGUCAUUGACAUCUCUUUACAUGGGAAUGCCAGGGGAGGUCUGUCCCCCCAACCUAGGUGAAUAAAGAUUAAAUAAAUGAUAAAAGUAA